AUGGCCGUGGUUGGCCUAUCCAGUGCUUUCUCUCCUCUCAGAGGUUCUUGGAUGGCCGUGAGGAUCAGGCAGGGUGGGGAACCUGCAGGAAUCAGCCUGUCUCCAAGGAGGAGGAGGAGAAGCUGCGCGGCCGUGGUUCGGGCGGAUGUGAGCUUCGUGGGAGCCGACGAGGCGAAGAGGCUCGUGGACGAGGAGGGCUACACAGUGCUGGACAUCAGGGACAGGACGCAGCGCGAGAGGGCACACAUCAAGUCCUCCACCCAUGUCCCUCUCUUCAUUGAGAACCAAGACAACGACAUUGGGACGAUCGUGAAGCGCCAGCUGCACAACAACUUCGCGGGGCUCUUCUUCGGUCUGCCCUUCACCAAGCUCAACCCGGACUUCGCCAGGACAGUCAAGGACAAGUUCUCGCCGGAGAGCAAGGUGCUGGUUGUCUGCCAGGAAGGUCUCAGGUCAGCGGCCGCUGCAGAUGCACUGGAGAAAGAAGGCUUCCAAAAUAUUGCAUGCAUUACAUCAGGUCUUCAGACAGUGAAGCCAGGAACGUUUGAAUCUGUCGGAAAAAGUGAGCUGCAGAACGCGGGGAAAGCUGGCCUUGUCACCAUCCAAGGGAAGAUUUCAGUAGUCCUUGGGACUGUACUGAUCAGUGCCUAUCUGUUUAUAACAUUCUUCCCCGACCAGGCUGAGAAGCUUUUUGACUUGGCUGGCAUCAGAUUGUGA